AUGAGUUGGACAGCAAUCCUGAUUUCCCGUAUCCGUUCCAAGUUCCAAGAAGAAAUCGCUGCUUAUCAAAACGAUCCUCUAGCUAGUUCGUCACGUUUGAUCGUGCCCGGCAUGAGUUGCUUCGCUAAUUAUUACGACCCCGAUAGACUGAAACCGCUUCACAACAUCGUCAACAAGGCUUCCAAAUCUGUUCGCCUCAACAGUAUCACCUUGUCGCCCACCAAGCAAAAAAGUAACGAAGCGGAAGAUAUCCUCACGAAGAGUGUUUCCAAUGAAUGGAAAGGUGUAGAAACCAUAGAUUCCUCACAAGCCGCAGUCUCUCGUGCAUUAGCAGGAAAGAAAGCGUUCCGAGCUCAAACGGAGGAAGAACGAACGCAAAUUCUUGUGAAAGCAGACCUCAAGAAUCGUCGAGGUGACAUUUACCGUUGUACAUCUGAAUGGCCUACUUCCGUAGAAGCCUUAGAGCUCAACAAAGUGAGCGGAAAGAUGUUGAUUGUCCAGCCAGGUGACGCUGUGCUGGCUGUACGAAAGGACCCCUGCAACAUGUGGUGCGCUCAUGCAGCUUUCUAUAUAAUGCUUUCCGUCUUUCACGUAUUAGUUACGUCCAUAUAG